AGGAGUCCGAAGCGUCGGCUCUGGCGGAGCCUAACUGGAAGCCGCUCGGGGUCCUGACCGCGGGCAGAGCUGGUGCGCGCCAUGCUGUCCCCGGAGGCGGAGCGGGUGCUGCAGUACCUGGUAGAGGUGGAGGAGCUCGCGGAGGAGGUGCUGGCGGACAAGCGGCAGAUUGUGGACCUAGACACCAAAAGGAAUCAGAACCGAGAAGGCCUGCGGGCCCUGCAGAGAGAUCUCAGCCUCUCUGAAGAUGUGAUGGUUUGCUUCGGGAGCAUGUUUAUCAAGAUGCCUCAUUGUCAGACAAAGGAAAUGAUUGAGAAAGAUCAGGACCACCUGGAUAAGGAAAUAGAAAAACUCCGAAAACAACUUAAAGUGAAGGUCAACCGCCUCUUUGAGGCUCAAGGCAAACCGGAACUGAAAGGUUUUAACCUGAAUCCCCUCAACCAGGAUGAGCUCAAAGCUCUUAAGGUCAUCUUGAAAGGAUGAGAUUCAAGUGUGAAGAUGGGGGAACCUAUUGCCAGCACCCCUCUGGACAGGAGGACCUGGGUGUUCAAACCUUGAGACCUAGAAGACAAAGACACUUUGUGUCUGUGGUUCCUCUGCAGAAGUUCUUUUUGUAGUUCUCAACUGCUUGGUGGUCGCAGGAGGGAUCCCUCAGCCUGUCCCUGCCUGCCUGCCUGGCCAUCAGGACUUGGUGGUCACAAGACCUAUUGACAGGCCUUGGCAGCUGCUAGUAGGUGUGUGGGGGUGUGGGAGCCACCACAGCAGGCAUUUCUCAACAGUAGCCUGCUGUUCAGAUGGCCUCAGCAGGGAGGGAACAGAGCAGGAGCUUCAUUUGGGGUUCUCUGUUCCUUUUCACCCUGCUAGAAUAUAGCAGGAGGCCGGCAGGUGCCUCUUAGUGCUCCAUGUUCAUCAAGCUUUUGCAGCAGACACAAUUCUUCCCUGCUGCCUCUGGCUUUGCCCUUUGUCUUGCUGCCUUCUGGAGCAGGGGCUGCUUAUCCAUUGUGGCUGUUCUUGAGUCAGGAGGCCUUACAGGGUCCUGCCAUGGGGCUUCCUCCUUAUGGGCCUCACAGGGAGUGCACUCCACUGCCUCUGCAGGGCCUGGCCAGUGCUGUCCCGAGUCCCAGGCACCUUCCUGGUCUGCAGUCCUGAUGUGAGGGCUGAAUUGUGCUUUCUAUUCACUGAGGGUUCGAUAAGUGUUACCCAUGCAGAUGAACAGCUUCUAGUCACCUUGUUCAGCCCAGCAUCCUUGUAUGGUACCACCUAUGAAAAGAUGUAGUGCUGCCUUGAAAUGCUGCCAGGACUGGCACAUGGCAAAACUGAAGGGUGGGAGCAUUUUGCCAAGUCUGUCCCAGACCACAAACCUACAUCUUAGCUUUGUUUUGUUUUUGGUGCUGGCCCUGGGACUUGAGCUUUUCAGCUCACUGUCC